AUGGGCACUGUGGUCGAGGUCAUUGUCGACGAGGCUAUGGUCGACAAGGCUAUGGUCGACGAGGCUAUGGUCGACGAGGCUAUUGUGGAUAAGGUUGAAGAAGCCAACGAAGUCAAAGAAGCCAACGAAGUUGACGAAGUCGACAAAGUCGGAGAAGCCGACAACAGCGACGAGGUGGAGGACAUCGUCGGUGAAGCUGUUGUGGUCCCAGCCUGCUGCGUUGUCGAAGGUGACGGGGAUGGGACCGGUAAUAGAGUCGUACGGGGCAGGGCCGGAGAUGAACUUGGAGUUACUAACGCUGUCGUUGUCGGCAGAGGAGAAGGCGGCGGCGGCGGCGGCGGCGGCGGCGGAGUCGAUGUCGACGUUGGUGCUGGAGAGGUAGAGGGAGGCGGUGCCGGUGUCGACACUGGCGGCGGAGGAGGAGGAGGAGGUGGUGUUGAUGUGGAUGUUGGUUGA